GUCGAAUGAAUGAGCGUGUAAUCGUUUCCAUAGGUCAGCUACGACAGGAGAUAGAAGGACUUUGUAAGUUUUUAUUCGUUCCACAUUAUCGUUAAAAACAGAAAAAUACGAAAAUGAAAGUAAUAUGUGCAGGAAUGUCCAAAUCCGGAACAAAGUCUAUGCAUUCUGCACUAGAAGAACUUGGUUAUACAGUAUGCGAUUUUCCUGACGCGUUUUUUCACUUUAACACAAAUUAUAAUAAAUUCGCCAUCAAAGGAUGGAGUUCGGAAGAAUUUAAAUCAAUGUACAAAGAUUUUGAUUCAGUUGUUGCCAGUCCAGUGUAUUACUUCUGGGAAGAGUUGAUGGAAGCAUUUCCGGAAGCAAAGGUUAUAUUGAUGGUGAGAGAAAAUGAUGAAACCUGGUACAAAAGUGCAAAGAAACAGAUGGAUAGUUUUAAAGGAUUACAUCGUUACUAUUACCCAUUUCUUUCGCCAACAUGGAGAAAAUUUGCAUCUUUCUGGAAUGGUCCAUGUAGUCUUUCUAUUGGCCCUGGCACUACAAGAACUAUCAAUUUUACCAUGAUCAACUCUCCGGAACUUCCUUUCAAGCUGGUUUACAGAAAACACAUUGCUCACGUCACACACGCUUGUCCAAAAGAUCGCCUCCUGGUAUACAAUUGCAAAUUUGGAUGGGGACCUUUGUGUGAAUUUCUUGGUAAACCUUUACCAGACAAAAAAUUUCCGUGGAUAAACAAGAAAGGUGAAUUUGCAAAUAUGCUCUGGGAGAUGCCAACAAUGAAGCAAUCCCAAAGGGAAAUGUUAAUCAAUGCAUCAAUACUUCUUGCAGUAUCUCUAUGCUUUGGAGUUUAUUUAUUGAAAAUUAAAUAAAUGAUGUGUUUAAUAUG